AUGGGGAGGCGGCGGGGGGCGGCCGCGCUGGAGGCGACGCCGGACCUCGCCUUCGUCAAGCAGGGGCACCUCAACAUGCUCAUUCACAUCAGCAAGGAGGGGGAGCGGACGACGGUGCCCGUCGACUCCCUCGGCUUCCUCGAGGACCCCCGCGUCGUGCGGGGCCGCUCCAUGGACCAGGUGAACUUCAACGGCGACUGCGUCUUCAAGGUCACGCUGGAGUUCGUGGAGCAGAUGGCCUGCCUGGAGGAGACAGCGGUGCGGGAGUCGACGGACUGGGUGCUGUGCUCCUGCAGCGGGCAGGCGGCGUUUUACUCCCCCGUGGAGCAGCGGCUGGUGCUGCAGCACUGUGUUGUGUGCCUGCAGAGCAACAUCCCGGAGUUGGUCGACCCCUUCAUCCUAGUGCUGUACCUUGAGGGGCAUCGGUGGCUGGUUGAGCGGGUGCUGCGCUGA